UGAUAUCCACACUGGUCCUUUUCCGGGUUGUACUUUCUAGCAGUAACGUUGGCUUCAUUAUCCACAAUGUCGAGAGCGCUUGUUCUUCGCCCUCUUCAACUAUCUCCCGCCGCCAAACCCCCCGACCCAAAUCUGUUCUCCUGCUACACUCCUGGUGGCACUGUACAGUUCCAAUUAUGCUCAAACUCACAUCCCAGGAAGCUACGGCUAACAGUUGCCUCUGCUUCCAAGAAAGAACAGCUUCAAGAAUCGAAGCCCCAGGUUCAGAAGCAAGACGGUGAGAAUGAUUCAUUUCAAGAAAAUGGCACUGUUGAAGCGGUUGAUCUGGGUUGGUUACCUGCUUUUCCGCAUAUUUUGAUUGCCUCUAUGUCCAAUUUCCUCUUUGGGUAUCACAUUGGAGUGAUGAAUGGUCCUAUUGUGUCAAUUGCCAAAGAGCUUGGCUUUGAAGGGAAUUCACUGCUUGAAGGGCUUGUUGUGAGCAUCUUUAUUGGGGGUGCAUUCAUAGGGAGCAUAAGCUGUGGAUCCCUUGUUGACAGACUUGGAUGCCGUCGCACAUUCCAAAUUGACACAAUACCGCUUAUACUUGGUGCAAUUAUAAGCGCACAAGCUCAUUCAACAGAUGAAAUACUAUGGGGAAGAUUUCUUGUUGGCCUUGGUAUUGGUGUAAAUACAGUUCUUGUUCCUGUGUAUACUUCAGAGGUUUCUCCAACAAAACAUAGGGGCACACUGGGGACCUUGUGUCAAAUCGGUACAUGUCUUGGGAUUAUUGCUUCACUAUUUCUAGGAAUCCGCUCAGAAAAUGAUCCCCACUGGUGGAGGAUACUGUUUUAUAUUGCAAGUGUUCCUGGACUUUUUCUUGUGUUUGGCAUGCAAUAUGCUGUUGAAAGCCCCCGCUGGCUAUGUAAAGCUGGAAGACUUGAUGAUGCCAAAGAAGUUUUUAGGAAUCUCUGGGGAGCAUCCUACGUGAACCAAGCCAUUGAAGAAUUUCAAUCUGUAAUAAGAAAUGACGGGGGUGACUUGGACAGCAGUUGGUUGGAACUCCUAGAGGAACCACACUCUAGAGUCGCUUCGAUUGGAGGUAUGCUAUUCGUACUUCAACAGUUUGCUGGCAUAAACGGAGUUCUCUACUUUUCAUCCUUGACUUUCAAAGAUGUUGGAAUCUCGAGCAGUGCUUUAGCGAGCUUAUAUGUUGGACUUACCAACUUUGCUGGUGCACUUUGUGCUUCGUACUUAAUGGAUAGACAAGGGAGAAAAAAGCUUCUUAUUGGAAGUUACAUUGGGAUGGCUGUCUCGAUGUUCCUAGUAGUCUAUGCCAUCAGCUUUCCAGUUGACAAAGGCAUAAGUGGUAACUUGUCGAUAUUGGGGAGUCUCUUAUAUAUAUUCACCUUUGCCAUUGGAGCCGGGCCAGUAACUGGUCUAAUAAUACCCGAGCUUAGCAGCAGCAGGACGCGGGGGAAGAUAAUGGGGUUCAGUUUCUCUGUUCACUGGGUGUGCAACUUCCUGGUGGGUCUUUUCUUCUUGGAACUCGUUGAGAAGCUCGGGGUCGCCCCAGUCUACUUGAGCUUUGGUGGCUUCUCCAUUCUGGCAGCAGCUUUUGCUUACUACUUCACAGUCGAAACCAAAGGGCGGUCUCUUGAAGAAAUCGAGAUGUCACUCAAUCCAAACUUUCUGGGGAAGAAGAAGUAACGCUAUUAUUCUCUCGUUUAAAAAGGCGUUUAUAAGUGCUAGGUUGAUGUGUGGGCAAAGAAACAUUGUACCUAGGAUGCUCUAACAACAUUUGGGCUUCAGAGAAUCAGUGGAUUCAAGCAAAAGAGAAAACACCAAGGUAGAGUGAAGAAUCCAGUGUAGUAACCAAGUAACUUUGGAGCAUUAAGGAUUAUGUGAUAAAAAUAUAAAAUAAUGUUACUUGGGUAAUCCAACUUGGUCGUUGGUUUGUUAACCAGAAGGUUACAAGUUUGACUUUCACUUGGUUUGAGCUGAUUAGUUAUGAGCAAUUUAGACUGAUUUAUUUCUUUGUGGUUUUUUGUGAGCUAGGGUCAUAAGGCGGGAUUUACCUAGUGCACACUUUAGAUAGUAAGUGUCAAUUUUUCUCGUCACUCAAAAGAAUAAUGUUAAAUUUUAAUAGUUUGUUUAUGAA